AAGAAGGUUUUAUUUACACCGUGUUUGAGUGAGUUAGUUAUAUUGUGAUAGUGGUAUUUGUUGAAAAUGACAGCUCCUCCGGCUGCUUUAGUCAACAGAAAUAAAAAACAUUUUCUUGGAAUACCCGCGCCGCUAGGAUAUGUCGCUGGUGUUGGUAGAGGAGCUACUGGCUUUACCACAAGAUCUGAUAUUGGUCCAGCUAGAGAUGCCAAUGAUGUUUCAGAUGAUCGUCAUGCACCACCUAAUAAAAGAAAGAAAAAAGAAGAAGAAGAAGAUGAUGAUGAAGAUUUAAACGAUUCUAAUUACGAUGAAUUUUCUGGAUAUGGAGGUUCAUUGUUUAGUAAAGAUCCUUAUGACAAAGAUGAUGAAGAAGCCGAUAUGAUCUAUGAAGAAAUAGAUAAGAGAAUGGAUGAAAAACGUAAAGAAUAUAGAGAAAAAAGAUUAAAGGAAGAAUUAGAAAGAUAUCGACAAGAAAGACCUAAAAUACAGCAACAAUUCAGUGAUCUCAAAAGAGGUCUUGUUUCAGUUACUGAAGAGGAAUGGAGAAAUGUUCCAGAAGUGGGAGAUGCUAGAAACAGAAAAUCACGGAAUCCUAGGGCAGAAAGGUUUACCCCUUUACCAGAUUCAGUACUUACUCGCAAUCUUGGAGGAGAAUCAACCACUGCCAUUGAUCCUUCAAAUGGUCUUAUGAGUGCUAUACCUGGCACUGCAACUCAAGGGAUGUUAACUCCAACUGGUGACCUUGAUUUAAGAAAAAUGGGUCAAGCUCGUAAUAAUCUAAUGAAUGUUAAACUUAAUCAGGUUUCUGAUUCAGUUGAAGGCCAAACAGUUGUUGAUCCUAAGGGAUAUCUAACUGAUCUACAAAGCAUGAUCCCCAGCUAUGGUGGUGACAUAAAUGAUAUAAAGAAAGCCCGGUUGCUCUUGAAAUCUGUCAGAGAAACCAAUCCAAAUCAUCCUCCUGCAUGGGUAGCUUCUGCACGACUAGAAGAAGUCACAGGAAAAAUACAAGCAGCUCGUAAUCUUAUUAUGAAAGGUUGUGAAGAAAAUCCUCAGUCUGAAGAUCUGUGGUUGGAAGCUGCAAGGUUGCAGCCACCUGAUACUGCUAAAGGUGUUAUAGCUCAAGCUGUCCGCUAUAUUCCUACUUCUGUCCGUAUUUGGAUUAGAGCUGCUGAUCUUGAAAGUGAAAUAAAAGCUAAAAGACGUGUUUAUCGAAAAGCUUUAGAACAUAUUCCUAAUUCUGUUCGUCUUUGGAAAGCUGCUGUAGAAUUAGAAGAUCCAGAAGAUGCUCGUAUUCUUUUAAGUAGGGCUGUUGAAUGUUGUCCUACUAGUGUUGAUUUAUGGUUAGCUUUAGCAAGACUAGAAACUUAUGAAAAUGCUCGAAAAGUUCUUAAUAAAGCAAGAGAAAAUAUACCAACUGAUAGGCAAAUAUGGGUUACUGCAGCUAAACUCGAAGAAGCUAAUGGUAAUAAUCACAUGGUAGAAAAAAUCAUUGACAGAGCCAUAACUUCACUUACCGCCAAUGGUGUUGAAAUCAACCGUGAACAUUGGUUUAAAGAAGCAAUUGAAGCUGAAAAGGGAGGAUCAGUGCAUACAUGCCAGGUACUCAUCAAAGCCAUUAUGGGUCAAGGAGUUGAAGAAGAAGACAGAAAACAUACUUGGAUGGAAGAUGCUGAAUCCUGUGCUUCUCAAGGUGCUUUUGAAUGUGCAAGAGCAAUUUAUAGCCAAGCUUUAGUUACAUUUCCCAGUAAAAAGUCUAUUUGGCUCCGAGCAGCAUACUUUGAAAAAAAUCAUGGUACAAGAGAAUCAUUGGAAAGCCUUUUACAAAGAGCUGUUGCUCAUUGUCCUAAAUCAGAAGUUUUAUGGUUAAUGGGUGCCAAAUCAAAAUGGAUGGCAGGUGAUGUACCAGCUGCUAGAGGCAUUCUUUCUUUAGCAUUUCAAGCGAAUCCUAACUCAGAAGAAAUUUGGUUAGCUGCUGUUAAACUUGAAUCAGAAAACUCAGAAUAUGAAAGAGCUAGACGUCUACUUGCUAAAGCACGUGCAUCAGCUCCUACUCCUCGGGUGAUGAUGAAAUCUGCCAAAUUGGAGUGGUGCCUUGAUAAUCUCGAACUGGCCUUGAAAUUAUUAGAUGAAGCUAUAAAAGUUUUUCCAGAUUACGCUAAACUAUGGAUGAUGAAAGGACAAAUAGAAGAACAACAAAAUAAAACUGAUAAAGCUUGGGAGACUUACAAUACGGCUAUUAAAAAAUGUCCUCAUUCUGUACCUUUGUGGCUCAUGCUUUCAGGACUGGAAGAAAAACGAAAACAGCUAACUAAAGCUCGUUCAGUUCUUGAAAAAGCAAGGUUAAAAAAUCCUAGUAAUCCUCGACUGUGGUUAGAAGCAGUAAGAGUUGAAUUUAGAGCUGGGAUGAGAGAUAUAGCAAACACAUUAAUGGCUAAAGCAUUGCAAGAAUGCCCUAAUGCAGGAAUUCUUUGGGCUGAAGCCAUAUUUUUAGAACCAAGACCACAAAGAAAAACAAAAAGUGUAGAUGCUUUGAAACGUUGUGAGCAUGAUCCUAAUGUUCUGUUAGCAGUUUCAAAACUGUUUUGGUGUGAACAUAAAAUACAAAAAACUAGAGAUUGGUUUAACAGAACUGUAAAAAUAGAACCUGAUCUUGGUGAUUCAUGGGCAUAUUUCUACAAAUUUGAGCUUCUCAAUGGUACAGAAGAAACCCAAGAAGAUGUGAAGAAACGAUGCAUAGCUGCAGAACCUAGACAUGGUGAGCAUUGGUGUAAAAUUUCUAAAGAUAUAAAACACUGGAGACUAACAACAGAGUUCAUUCUUGCACUAGUUGCAAAAGAUUUACCAAUACCCAUAUAAUUUUACGUUGUAAAUAUUUGUAUUUGAUUUGGAAAUUUCUGUAAAUAAUGUAAAUGUUAUUUUCACUUAUUUUAGUUUGUAAAUAAUCCAAUUUUUUAAUAAAACUCAUUUAAAUCAAUGUUAUUACUGUGCUGGUUGAGCUCAUUUAUUUAUAAUUCCAAAAUUAUUUAGUUUACAGUUUACUUUAGAUUGUUUUCAAAUUAUGGUGUCAUGGUUGGAUAUAAAUAUAUUCAAGAGUGAAAUUCAGAACUUUGAAUGUU